UUAUAAAGUUUAUUCAAACACAUAUACAGUAUAAAGCUAAUAAAAACAAAUCUUAUUUAGUAUAUGAAAAAAGAACACGAAAAGAAAAGGAACAUAAAAAGAAAAAAGAACAUAAAAAGAAAAAAGAACAUAAAAAGAAAAAAGAACAUAAAAAGAAAAAAGAACAUAAAAAGAAAAAAGAACAGAACUAUUUGCAUGUUUAUAGGGCCGAGAGUCUGCAGAAGUGAUUGCAGCGAGACUCUUCUCCUCCUAUCUACACGGGUACAGAGGACUGCAAGAGAAAGGAAAAUGCCUGGUGGAUGUUGGUUCGACCACAUCAGAGGAUGGAUCUCAAACAAAGACAGAUACAUCUUGUUCCUGACUUACGAAGACAUGAUCAAGCUGGCAUGUUCCCGAGACAACGCAGCAUGGUGUCCGUCAGCAGACGUCGCUGUUUUAAUGGCAUUACUUAAGGGACAGCUGGAGAUUGGAAGAACUCAUUAACUGUAGCUCAAAAUGAAGGAUUUGACCACGUCUACAGGACAAAAUGAAGGGCCUUCCGCUUAAGUUACACAACUGAAUAAAAACAAUGUGCUUAUGAAUCUACAACUAGCAGCAAACAGUGUAGUAAUUUUACGUAAAUCUGUCUACAAGCUCAUUCAGCGGUGUAACCAAUGGACAAUCCUUGCCGGACGUAGCU